CUGCACACAGCGCCCGUUAGAUCAAUCUCCGCCGGGUAAUCAGCCAUGUAUCUUUGGUUCGUGGCGGCGCUGCUCUUCGCGGGAGAGCUAUCGGGAGAGAGCGAGUUGGAGGCCGCGGAGGCGAACCCGGAAGUCCCGGGGGUUGUUUUGGAUAACGGUGCAGAAGUUUUCGGGGUGGAAGGAGCGCUGAAAGUGGGAGUGGCGAAGCCUAGAUUGGAAUGGGAUCCGAACGGAUAUGUUUUAUUCUGUCCGUGUAUGGGGAGGUUUGGAAACCAAGCCGAGCAUUUCCUGGGGGGCCUGGCAUUCGCAAAGGCAGUCAACAGAACACUGGCCCUACCUCCAUGGAGGACUGAUAGGAAUGUGCCAUUCUCGGAGUGGUUCAAGGUAGAGCCGUUACAGUCAUACCACAGAGUAGUCAGCAUGGAGGCCUUCCUGGAGCAGCUGGCACCUGUCCACUGGCCACCUGGCAGGAGAAAAGGCUACUGCUGGAGGAACCGACGGGACACCAAUGCUAAAUGUGGCAUGAAGGAAGGGAACCCAUUUGGGCCAUUUUGGGACCACCUGGGUGUGGACUUUGAUGAGUUUGUGUUUUAUGAGUUCACGUACCAGCAGACAGAGGCUUGGACCAAAGAGUUCCCUCCAUCCUCUCAUCCAGUGUUGGCCUUCAAAGGUGCCCCGGCAUCCUUCCCCAUGAAGGCAGCCCACAGGCAGCUGCAAGAGUUCCUACAGUGGACAUCCACCAUCACCGUCCCUGGACAGGACUUCAUACAGACCACUUUCCAGGGCAGACCUUACAUUGGCAUCCACCUCAGGAAUGGCCCUGAUUUUGAGCGGGCCUGUGCCAAUGUUGAGGGUACAUCCAACUUCAUGGCCUCCCCACAGUGUACUGACAUCAUGCCUGGCAGGACCGUCACUCACAAGAUGUGCUUCCCAUCCAGGGAAGAAAUCCUCAGGAAGACCAAAAAUGCCAUUCUGGCAACAAGAGCCAAGUUUGUGUUUGUGGCCACAGACAAUGACCCCCUGGUGGAAGAGUUAGAGCAACACCUUAAAUCUCUGAAGGUCAAGGUUCACCAUCUGAACCCGCACCUGCCCCAGCUGGACCUGUACAUCCUGGGCCAGGCGCAACAUUUCAUCGGCAACUGCGUCUCUUCCUUCACGUCCUUCGUCAAGCGGGAGCGAGACGUGCACAACAGGACCUCCUCCUUCUGGGGAGUGGAUUGACUGUGCAAGCAAGUAGGGUGGUGAGCAGUCAGGAGCAAAAAUAACUUCUAAAUUUUCCCCAGAAGUGUUAAUGUGUAAUGCUAUGCUGUAAAUGCAGAAAUGUUUGCAGUUUUUGUGGUGGCCUCCUCACGGCAAACUUAGAACCACUCCAAACAUUUUCCCAUUAUAGUUUGACUACAGCCUAUGGCACUACUGUGAACUUAAAACCACCGCGAAAAUGCCAUUUUCACGCUACCACGAAAAUAAAUCCCCGCAAACUUAAAUGCAUUUACAGUAAGUCUGAAUUAUAAACUCCUAUUUCCAGUUGUAGCCUUUUACUGCUGCCAGCUUUUCAAGUCAGGCUAUGAUUGGGAGGAAAAAAGUAUUCUAAGUUAUAUAAUGCUGGUAGCCAAAUGACCUGAGAUUUCGUAUCAACUUAACACCAGUAGAAAAUGUCCUGCUUCUUGUCUACAGUUAAAAUUUUGUUGCCAAUUGAAGCUGGACUCAAGAGGGUACAUUGUAUUCUCAUAGGUUUAUGAGGUUUUUUGGCCUCUAAUCCUCUCCCCUGAAAAAAGCCUGCACAAAGCGGGUCAAUAUCGUUACAAUUUUAUUAGCUGUAGUCACAGUUUAUGCUUCUGUCCGUGAAAUCAGACAUCUGAACUGGUGUGCCAAUCCUGUUUUAUCCUAUAUGCACAUGUAGUGUGUGACUCCUUUUAUGUGAGAUCAAAUGCCAGUUCUUAGUGAAAGCCAGUGGCAUAUUUUUAAAAUGUUUUAGAAAAAAUCUACGUGAUUACAGGACAAUUGCCUGUACCACAAAGCUGCUAAUCAAAGAAACUAAAGCGAAAACGUAUAUUACAGAAAUCUAAAAUGCUGCCUACUCUUUAGAAUAGUUGUUCAAAAACUAUAUUUGAGA